UCCUGAAGCAGAAACGCCCUGCCUCCUCUCUCCUCUCCUCCAACAUCCAUCCAUCCCCGGCUCUCCUCUGCUCCUCUAUCCGCCGAGCAGACACUCUGAGGCGGCCGGGAAACCAACCAAACCUCGGUGGAGGAGAGAGAAAAUAAAAUGGCCCUUUAAACACCUUGAGAGAAUAAAAAAACCCAGAGGAGACAUGGAGCCUUUUUCCUUCCUCCGCCUCCUCUUCCUCGUUUCCUUGAGCUGCUUCUCCACUGCUGCUGACAGGAGAAUCGGUUGCCUGUUUGAGAACGAGCUGUGUUCAACGUAUGAAGUCUGCGUCAACGAUGCCAUGUUUGGACGGUGUCACCCCGUUCCAGUGACGGACGUUUACACCUACGAUGUGUCUCCGUCUGUAGUGCAACGCUUCAGGACGCUGCUGGAGAAGCUCUCAAACAGAGUUUGAUCAGCCUGAAAACUCUCACAUUUACUGAAGGAAGCAGUGAGAGUGGACCUUGGAACGGAUUGUCUAUCUACACACACUCCCCCCUUAUCAAUUGCGUCAUACUUCCUGAUGGGUGUAACCAGUGCAUGAGCUGACAGGCCCUAUUCACUGCAAAAU